GGUGAAAUCCCGAUUCAAUUAGGCCAAUUUAUUCAGUCUUUCAACUACAUAAAUAAAUAUGUUUAAAUAUAAUAAUGGACCAGGAAUUAUUUUGAACAUCGUGUGACCCUGUGUAAUUUUAAAAUAAAAAAUCUCAACUAUAUUUUCAAACGUGCUUUACGCACCCCCCCAGAACGGACCACUGCAUUACGAAAUUGAAUCCUAUUCUGAACUGCUUGAUUUGAGUUCUACCGAUUUGCGAAGUGUGUUAGCUACUUUUGACUUUUAUGCUCACGUUCGCUUUAAUUUCAUAGAGUAUCACCAUGUCGGUGGCGUUUGCACCUCACAGGCAGCGCGGGAAGGGUGAUAUAACACCCGCUGGAAUACAAAAGUUACUUGACGAAAAUAACCAGCUGAUCCAGUGUAUAAUGGAUUUCCAAAGUAAAGGCAAAACAGCAGAGUGUUCACAGUAUCAACAGAUGCUGCACAGAAAUUUAGUGUACCUGGCCACGAUAGCAGACUCCAAUCAGAACAUGCAGUCUCUCCUCCCUGCUCCGCCCACUCAAAACAUGCCCAUGGGCCCUGGUGGGAUGAACCAAAGUGGACCCCCUCCUCAGCCUCCUCACGGUCACAACAUGCCCUCUGAGGGUAUGGUCAGCGGUGGCCCUCCAGCCCCACACAUGCAGAACCAGAUGAAUGGACAGAUGCCUGGGCCUAAUCACAUGCCCAUGCAAGGUCCCGGUCCAGGCCCCAACCAGCCCCCAAACAUACCCGCUGGCUCUAUGAAUAUGCCCCCCAGCAGCCACGGCUCGAUGGGUGGUUACAAUCACGCCGUCCCUUCUUCCCAGGGCAUACCAGCUCAGAGCCAAAUGAACAUGACCCAGGGCCAGCCCAUGGGAAACUAUGGGCCUCGGCCAAACAUGAACAUGCAGCCCAGUCAAGGCCCCAUGAUGCACCAGCAGCCUCCCUCUCAGCAGUAUAACAUGCCUCCUGGUGGUGCUGGACAGCACUACCAAGGACAACAGAACCCUAUGGGCAUGAUGGGUCAGGUCAACCAGGGGAACCAUGUCAUGGGGCAGAGGCCGAUGCCGCCUUACAGACCCCCACAGCAAGGAAAUGCCCAGUAUGGCCAACAGCAGGAGGCAUACCAGCAAGGCCCCCCCCAGCAGCAGGGCUACCCUCCUCAGCAGCAGUAUCCGGGUCAACAGGGCUACCCUCCACAGCAGCAGGGCUAUGGUCCUUCUCAAACUGCUCCAGGACAGUAUCCUAACUAUCCACAGGGGCAGGGACAGCAGUACGGGGCCUACCGCCCUCCUCAGCCUGGACCCCCGCAGGGCCAGCAGCAACGUCCUUACGGCUAUGACCAGGGACACAUCAGGAAAUAAAGACCGGGGGAUUUGAACCCCUGACUAGCUCUGUAAGAAGCAAAGGGCCAGUAUGGAAAUUACCAGCAAUGAGAGAUGGUCACAGCAACCCACACAGCUCUGCUCUGAUCUCUGCCUUAGCUUUGACCUCUGGUCAAACGCUAAGCAGACUUAAAUGAUGGUUGUAGCUCACUGAGAUUCUCUCAGACAAGAACAUGCAACACUCAAAAAUACAAGAUACAUUUCCCCUCUCUCUUUGGGCUCUGAUCCCCGCCUAUAAAAUGUACAAUGUAAAAUACAUUGACUUGAUAAUGUCAAAAGUCCAUGACUCACCCUCUGGUCAAGUAGGUCUCAAAGCAGCAAUGCCUUAAAAGUGGAACUGCCUUAUCCCAUAGCAUUGCAGAUUGUGAAACUGGCUAACAAAACUUUGGAUAUCCGAGAUGAUUUAAAUGUACAGUUUCAAUCUACUGUGGUGCACUGUUUCUCUAUCCUUCAGCUCCUUGUUCAUAAGAAGCAAUAAUGCCAGCACUAGGGAAAUGUGUGUGGGGAGGGGGGGGAGGGUUGGAGAUGAAAUAAUGCACCAGACGAACUUCCCGCUAGGCCAUGGUACGUGUCUUGAUGUAUGUGAUGAUGUAAAAAUAUAUUUUAUGCUUUUUAGAUCAAGCUAACUUUGUAUAAGACAUUGGAAACUAGUACUAUAGCUGUGUUGUUUAUUUCAUGAAGUGUAUGUGUCAAUGUUUUUUUAAUGAUGAUCCCAUCCAGCACAUUCUGUUUUUUUUUAUUUUUUGUGUGUUGAAUUGUACUUUUGAACGAUUCACUUGGAUCUGCUACAUCAGUGACUUGGGUGCUGUAUGAAUUCUCUGUGUAAAAAAAAAAUGCAUCAUUAAAUGACAUGCAUGGAUAUUCCUUGAAGGACAAAUGCGAACAUCAUGUCUGAAAACACAUUCUGUGUAAAGCUGUGUAUUUAAGUCUGUGAAAAAAAACCUUUAUCAAAUUUUGAUCAUGAGUAUAAUUAUUUUUUUUUACCACAUAACUUGACAGAAUAAUGGCCACUGGCCUUUUUUUGACAGAUGUGCCCUAAGAGGUGAUAUGUAGCAGAUGCCACUGCAAAUUGCAAGUCAAUGCUCUCUGGAGUGUUUUUUUUUUUUUUUUUUUUUUUUUUCUCUAUUCAAGUCUCAGUCUGGUCCGUUGACUGCAAAUUGGUGAAUGGGAAAGAUCAAACUUGGUAUAAUAAAUAUUUCUGACAUGGACUUUUUGUUUUUUUUAGUCUUGACAAUGCUGGAAUCCCCCUUUCCCUUUGAAUAAACGUCAAAGUUGAUGUCAUUCAAAUAGUGUUGUUUGUGAAUAAUACAGAUCAUUACUGUCAAAUAUGUAACAUAAGAUGUGAAAAUGAUGUUCUCAAAUGGAUUCCUUUGAUUUCACAGUAAAGACCGGUUGUGCAGUUUUAUAUCACUGGCUUGAUAUUUGUUUUCAUGGUGCAUACUUCAUUGACCCCAUUAUGUACAGCGGCGUAAAGAAGAGGAAUUCAUUCGUCCUCCGAUAUUGUUUAUAUGGCUGUUUUAAUAUUUGACCCCAUCCAAGUGGUCACGUGUGUCAUGGCAAUGUAUAACUGUACAUUACAAUAAAAC